UAAAAUACAAGUGUAACAUUAGUAGAUGACAUAUAAUACUACCACCGAACCUGCAUAUUUUAACAUUUGAAUAUUCGGAAACAUGUCGGCAUCACCACCUUUAGCUGGUAUUAGGGUUCUAGAAUUUGCUGGGCUUGCGCCAGGCCCCUUCGCUGGGCUUUUAUUAGCCGAUAAUGGCGCUUCAGUUAUCCGCAUCGAUCGAGCUGUCCCUGGCUCUACACACUCAGACAAGCUGCCACCGCCAACCACCGAUGCGCUAACCCGUCACAAAGCAUCCAUUGCAGUAGACUUAAAAGAUCCAUCAGGAGUUGAAUUUGUCAAGGCAUUGGUAAAAAAUUCCGAUAUCGUUAUUGAUCCAUUCAGACCUGGUGUUCUUGAGAAACUGGGGCUGGGACCCAGUGAUUUGAAGGCCGUCAAUCCACGCAUCAUCCUAGGUCGCAUGACCGGUUUCCGCAGGGAUGGAAAGUAUAAAGACAUGGCCGGCCAUGAUAUCAACUACAUUGCAGUCUCCGGAGCGCUGAGUCUCCUUGGCAGAAAAGGAGAAAAGCCGUUUGGACCCGUCAACAUCUUGGGUGAUUUUGCUGGAGGAGGUGCCACGCUGUUCCAAGGCCUGUUACUGGCGUUGUUGGCUCGCGAAAAGACCGGCAAAGGACAAGUCGUUGAAGCAAAUAUGGUUGAUGGAAGUGCAUACCUCGCCACUUUCCCAAGGCUUGCCCGCAAGACACCGUUGAUGAAUGGGCCGCGGGGAGACAAUAUGCUUGACAGUGGCUCCCCUUUCUAUGAUACCUAUGAGACCAAGGAUGGGAAAUACAUGGCUGUCGGGGCUUUGGAGCCCCAGUUUUUCCAUGAGCUUGUCAAGGGGCUAGGUCUUGAAAGUAGUGGUAUUGAGGAAACUCGGUAUGAUAGAUCCACAUGGCCUGAAAUGAGAGAACUGUUUACACGGCUCUUCAAAGAAAAGACGAGGACGGAGUGGGAGGGCAUUUUCGAUGGCACAGAUGCCUGUGUAACGCCUGUUCUUGAUCUCGAUGAACUGGAAACCGACCCGAGCAGAGAAGGAGAUGUGCGCCCUUCAGUCACUUUGACAGGAACGCCAGGUUUGGCCAUCAAGCGCGAUAAUCCCUCGACGAGAGAUCCGGCAACAGGGCAAGGAGAAGGGGUGCGUGGAGACGGAUGGACAGGAUUCAAUUUAAGGCCAAGCCAGGGAGGGGAGAAAGUACUACAGGAGUGGCUAGGGUGGUCCAGAUCAAAUCAAUAUGAAGUCCAAAAUGGAGGACUGGUAUUAAAGGGCAAGGCAAAGAUUUAGA